CCAAUUAAAGUCUUCCUACCAAAUGGCCAAGUGAGCUGAAUGUCAUCGAAGAAAAUGUGAUGAAAAUUAGGAAGACAUUUCUUACGUAAUUGAAAGAUUUUACUAUUUUUAGAUAGACAACAUAAUCCGAAAUGUUUGCCCAGGCCACACUACAACCACCGCUCCUGGCUGGUGUGAUGUCACAAAUGUCCACAUUGAUUGCUGCUGCCAGACAGAACAUCCAUUUGGCCAGACCACAGGCUCACAGGUCUGAGACCACUGCAGCAUAUACAGGAAGGCACAGCAAGAACACAGAAGAAAAAAGGAGCGAGCAGAAUAGAAAAGCAGAUAUCUCUCUCAGUGCAGACCUUCAGCGAUGUAUAGAACAAUUGUUAGAAAAUAGAAAUUUGCAAAAAGUGUGGCCAAUGUUCCUAACCCCCCAACCAGAUGCCAGGAGCUACCAAAACUGGCGGAGCUCCUAUAUAUCCUCGCCAACAUUCUUUGAAAACAAAUCAGGUUUUGCCGAAGAGCUUCUUUACAAGACUAGUCAUUUAAAUCCUGCUCUUUUGAAAAGUAUUUCAUCCCUAACACAGAAUCAGGCUGCAGUGCUGUUCACACAGAAAAGGUUCAUUGGUUUGUAUAUGAAUGAAUCAAGGAACCCAGUGAAGGGGACCAAGAAGAGACCACUCGGAUUUGGAUUUAAAAGCAAGCCCGUAGAUGACAUAGAUCACCUCAAAAUGCCGAAGGUUUUGACAGAAGAUGACAGGUCAGUGCAGAAGAAAGUAAAACUGGCGUACACACUUGGUUUCGUGAGCGGCGUAAAGUCGCCACAAACUGAUGACAAAACGAAAAUGAAAUAUGGCCGAAUACUCCUGGGUGGACUGGUCGUGCUGGGAUUUUUUCUAUUUUUGAGAGCCCAAGUUGAUGGAAUGGGAAAACAAAUUUCAGACUUGAUGAACAUGCAGAGCUAUGAGAUUGAUCGAGAAAUGGUCAAUGUUACCUUUGCUGAUGUCAAAGGGUGUGAUGAGGUGAAGGAAGAGUUGAUGGACAUUGUGAGCUUCCUCAAGGAUAAUGAGAAAUUCGAGAAGAUGGGUGCCAAGCUGCCCAAAGGAGUUCUGUUGGUGGGUAUUCCUGGUACUGGAAAAACUCUUCUUGCCAAAGCUGUAGCAGGUGAGGCUAAUGUUCCCUUCUUUCACGCAUCUGGUUCCCAGUUUGAUGAAGUUUUCGUGGGAUCAGGGUCAAAGAGAGUGAGGGCACUCUUUGAAGAGGCCAAAAAGCAAGCUCCAUGUAUAAUAUUCAUCGAUGAGAUAGACAGUGUCGGGGGGAAGAGAACAAAGUCAAGUAUUCAUCCAUAUGCGAACCAGACAGUGAAUCAACUUUUGGCAGAGAUGGAUGGUUUCAAUACGCGAGAGAAUGUUAUUGUUAUUGGUGCAACAAAUGAGAAAGGCAACUUAGACAAGGCUUUACUGAGACCAGGCAGGUUCGAUACACAGAUAGAGGUUCUGGCACCGGACAUGGAGGGAAGGAAACAACUGUUUGAGCUUUAUCUCUCCAAGAUAAAGACCCGCAAUGCUGACAUUGAUAUUGACGCAUUAGCAGCAUUAUCUAGAGGGAUGACAGGAGCUGAAAUUCAAAACAUGGUGAACCAAGGGGCCAUCAUUGCCACUCUGCGCAAUGGCGAGAACAUCACAAUGGAUGACCUGCAUGAGGCCAGGGACAAGGUUGCCAUGGGCCCUGCUUGGAAGAAUAAGAAGAUUGAAGAAAGUGAACUGCUGAAAACUGCGUACCAUGAGGCAGGCCAUACAGUGGUGGCAUUCUACACGAAAAAUUCAGCAGAACUGAAAAAGGUCACCAUACAGCCCAGAGGGAGAGCCCUCGGACAUACUUCAGCAUUGCCAACGAGGGAAGGAAACACCUCAAAAUCCGAAUGUCUGGCAUCCAUGGACUUGUGUAUGGGGGGCCGGGCAGCAGAGGAACUCCAGUAUGGGGCAGACAAUGUGGAGGCAGGAGCAGCUAGUGACUUUGAACGGGGCACUAUGAUCGCUAAAGCUAUGGUGAUGAAAUGGGGAAUGUCCGAUAAGGUUGGAAAACGGUACUUUGAUGAAGGGGGUGCUAGUCCUCAGAUGCAGGAAUUGGUGGACCGGGAGAUCAACAGGCUGCUGGAUGAGGCCUAUGAAAGAGCUAUGAACAUCCUGAAAAGUCAUCAGACAGAGUUAAAGAGACUUGCAGAAGCCUUAAUGAAAUAUGAAACUCUUGACGCUGAUGAGAUCAAAGCCAUUAUCGAAGGAAAAAGCAUAACACGGAGGCCAAGGGAUAAGAAAAAGAAGGAAGAAAAAGUCAAAUCUGCUCCAGGAAUUUUAAAACUUUUAGAUGAGAAGGAUUCUGUUGCCACUUUGAAGUGCAGUUCUGAGUCAGAGGGGGGCACGGGAUGAUGUUGUCGGCAAACAUAAAAAUAUGCUGGGUUAUUGCGGCAUCUGAGCAUUCAUAAUGUGGUACAGUUCAUCUGGUUUAUAAACACAUUCUUCUAGGUUUGUUUUGAAUCAUUUUGAAAUUGACUUUAAUGUUGUGUUUAAAAGACAAUAGAAACAAGGACACUUUCUGAAUGUUUUUUUUAAAUUUUGUAUGAGAGUAUUAAAACUACACUCCUCAAAUUGAUUAAAAAUGUAGAAGCAUAAAUCAACUACCAGUGUUUGUUUUCCAGUUGAAAUGAAAUUUAAACAUUUGCAUUGCCUGGCACAUGCUUCAGGUCAUGGAAAACCACAGCUCAUAUACACUAUAUGCCUAUCAUAAGGGGCAAAUCUAAUGCUCAUGUUUUUAUCAUAUGUUUUAUAACUAAAAGAUCACUCAGACAGUAUUAUCUUAUUAGUUAUUACCCUAAGGGUUGUUUUACCUUUUAAGGCGGGUAUUUUAACAGAUAAUUUUCGUUAUUUUGUUAUAUAGUAAUCUUACCUUUAUGAUCAACAGGAAUCAAGUGUUCACAGUGUACCAAACUAUCAUUCACUUGUUAGCUAUCAGUAUGUUUGUACCGGGGUAAACAUUUUUAUCAUUCAGAAUAAUUUGUGCGUCAACACGGUUGAAAAUGGUUACCAGGUUGACAGAAAUAGACGUGUAACAAGUUUUAAGUCGCUGUUUCCCGUUCACACUUAUGUAACUGGUCUUUCACUUAAAACUAUUUCAAUUUAUUUUUGUAAUGUUAAGGCACAUUUCAAAUAGUUAGGUAUGUAAAUAAAAGACAAUUUAGGUUUUAGCCAAGCAGCCAAUGAGAUUGUAUGUACAUGAGUGGUUCAUUUUAACGACAAAGUAAAUUGUUUACAAAUAUCAUUGUAUUACAGCAUUUAUUGUUCAUCUUCAUGUAAAAAGAAAAGCUUUAAUUUUGAUUGGCAAUGUUUCAGUUUUCUUUUCAAAUAAGAAAAUUAGACUAUUAUUUUUACAAGCCCUACUAUAUAAAAUUCAGAACUUAAGCAAGCCCAUAAAGCAUUUUACCAGUGCAAGCCUUGUUCUAAUCAACCACUGUGGUUUCUGAACUUUGAUGCAUGAAAAUGUUAACUAAGGCUCAAAAGACACUUAUUACAAGUCUUGAGAUCAUGAAAUGUGAAUAAAUUCUGUACAAAAUAAGUUGUUGAUAUUAAUAAAAUAUUAAGAAUUAAA